GGCUUCACGUGUUGUGAGUUGUGAACUAAAAAUGGCUGCCCUUGUCCGCUCCGGUGCUGCUUUUCGGCCCUGCGCUCGCGUUUUCCUUGCAGCGCGCAAGGGACAAGCUAAUGCCACUCUUGUCAACUCUUUCAGGGCGAGUCUCACCACAGACGUCAAAUGCACGUCGUCAUUAUUUAUGAAAGGAAGCAAGUCGGUACAACUGGGAACAUGCCGUCUAUUCAGUACAAAACAAGAACCAGUGCAGUCUGCUUCGCCAGGUAUAGACAAGCUCGAGUUUCAAGCCGAAACGCGUAUGCUACUGGACAUAGUUGCAAAGUCUCUAUACUCCGACAAAGAGGUUUUUAUUCGUGAAUUGAUUUCAAAUGCGAGUGAUGCAUUGGAAAAACUACGCUACGAAAGGCUUUCAGCGCAACAGGCCGGCGCUGCAUCUGAGCAUCAGACAGCGCUAGAGAUCAAAAUUGAGACUGACAAGCAGAAUAGAACAUUCACAAUUCAGGAUUCUGGAAUUGGGAUGACCAAAGAGGAGUUGAUUCAAAACCUGGGCACAAUUGCCAGAUCUGGCUCAAAGGCAUUCAUUGAGCAGAUGAAAGAAAAGUCGACCGGCGCCCAGGACUCUGCUAUCAUUGGUCAAUUUGGUGUCGGUUUCUACUCGAGCUUCAUGGUCGCUGACAAAGUAGAGGUGUUUACAAAAUCAGCAAACAGUCCGGAUGCCCAGGGUUACAAAUGGUCAUCUGAUGGGACUGGUACCUACGAAGUUCAGCCUUUGGACAGCGUGGAGACAGGCACUAAAAUUGUGCUUCAUUUGAAAAUGGAAAGUAGGGAAUUCAGCGAUGAAGAUUCUAUUCUUGGUGUUAUCAAGAAGUACAGCAACUUUGUGGGCAGUCCAAUUUACGUGAAUGGCACUCAGGCAAACACCAUCCAGCCAUUGUGGCUCAUGGAGCCAAAGUCUGUGACACCACAAAUGCACGACGAAUUUUAUAGAUUUGUCGGAAACACUGGUGACAGGCCUAGGUUUAAUUUGCAUUAUAAAACAGACGCACCAAUCAACAUCAGAGCCCUCCUUUAUUUUCCAGAAGGCAAACCAGGCCUGUUCGACUUGACUCGGGAAGGAGAUCAGGGAGUCGCGCUUUAUUCAAAGAAAGUGCUAAUCAAGAGCAAAACUGACAAUAUUCUUCCGAAAUGGCUUCGAUUUGUGAAAGGAGUUGUUGACUCUGAGGAUAUUCCUUUGAAUUUGAGCCGAGAACUGUUGCAAAACAGCGCCCUGAUUACGAAGCUAAGGACGGUGCUUACUAACAGAAUACUGAGAUUUUUGCAAGAAAAGGCGGUGAAGGAGCCAGAACAGUUUGCUCAAUUCUACACAGAUUACGGGCUCUUCUUGAAAGAAGGAAUUGUCACUGGCCAACAACAAUUAGAUAAGGAGGAAAUAUCCAAACUUCUCCGUUUCGAGUCAUCAACACAAAAAAGCGGAGAAAAAGUGACGCUUCCCGAGUAUUGCAACCGCAUGAAGAAAGACCAAAGAGAUGUUUACUACCUCGCUGCUCCAAGUCGAGCCUUGGCUGAAGCAUCCCCUUACUACGAGGCAAUCAGAAAGAAAGACAUCGAAGUUCUUUUCUGCUAUGAACCUUAUGAUGAACUUGUUUUGAUGCAGCUUCGACAGUUCGACUCUAAAAAUCUCACUUCCAUUGAAAGAGAGAUGAGGAUGGACAGAGAGUCAACAGAUGUCACAGAUUAUGGUCCCGAUAGUUUGACAAAAGUGUCCGCUGAGAAGUUGCAGAAGUGGAUGAAGUCUGUGCUGGCCGGAAAGGCACACACAAUCACUGUCACUCAGCGUCUUGACACUCAUCCCUGUGUCGUCACUGUGGAGGAAAUGGCGGCGGCAAGACACUUUGUCAGGACCCAAUCUCAUCAAUUGACAGACGAAGCGAGGUUUUCUCUCCUGCAGCCUAGAUUCGAGAUCAAUCCAAAGCAUCCCAUUAUCAAGAAAUUGAAUUCACUGGCUGACAGCAAUCCAAAAUUGGCGGAACUUGUUACACAGCAGCUCUUCUCAAAUGCCAUGGUUGCCGCUGGUUUGGUUGAAGAUCCACGCACGGUUGUGACCAACAUGAAUGAUCUUCUAACGUUGGCGCUGGAAAAGCAUUAAAAUUUUCAAAUUUACUUUUUACAUACAUAUUGCAUUUGAUGGCGUGAGUACUAUAUAUUCGAAAUCCAACAUGUUAACGUUAUUAGAGAAAAUAAAACGAGACUGAAACAAUAUUACUUUA